CACUUAGUAAAUAUUAAUCUAACCACUGAGUCCAGACGGUCAAACUGAAGAGGGACGCUGGGACGCUGUUGCUAUGACAACACAAACAGUGAGCAAGAAACAGCACCGAUAUCCCUGUAGCUGAAUCACAGACCAAGGAGUUUCUGCUUUUAUUUUGUUCAAGAAGAUGAUUCCACCAGCUGUAUCUCUCCUCAAAUACAACAAUCCAGUUUUGAUCAGCAAAAGCACUGACAGAAAAUCACCAAAGGGGCGCCCUUUAAAAAUGAGUCCACAGCAGGUGGGGGAACAGUCUACCCCUGUUCCACCACCUCCAAAAUCAAAACCCACCUCUACUGACACCACCAAGCAGGAAGAUGAGGAGAUCCUAAACGCCAUCCUUCCACCCAGGGAAUGGACUGACGGGACCCAGCUGUGGGUGCAGCGAGUGUCCAGUGCACCUUGUACAAGAACAGAUGUUAUUCACCUAGGGGAGCUGCUGGACACAAAGCUGCACCAAAGGCAGGCCAGACAGACAGGAAUCUGCCCUGUCCGCAGGGAGCUCUAUUCUCAGUGCUUUGGUGAGAAGGAGGCUCUGAUAUUUGUGAUCACUGAGGCGAUUGUGUUGACAAGGAUUGAGGAUCAAAGAACAAGAAUUUGAACCAGUUUUUUGUGUACACAUGGCUUAAAUUUCAUUGCCAUACAGCUUUCUUCUGAAGCAUUUUGUAUACCACUGAAAGCACAUUUUUCUCCUCAAAUAUGUUACUGUUGCAUUUACUAAUUUUCUGU